UUUGUCCUGGGAAGCUCUGGGGUUUACUUUGCCACUGGACUCCAGGAAGAAGAGAAGUCAUCUGUGAACAAACGUAGCCCCAAGGUGUUGGAGGCUCUGCAAAAGCUGAGCAGAGCAGCGACAUGGGGCAGCUGUCACCUUACCUUGGAUACCCUCCUGUUCCUUACAUUGUCCACUGGUUCUAAUUGUCCUUCCUCUAAUGUCCAGGCUCCAGUCAUUGCUGUCCUAGGCUCUGGUGGGGGGCUGCGGGCCCACAUCGCUUAUCUUGGGGUACUGAGUGAAAUGAAAGAACUUGGCCUGUUGGAUGCUAUCACAUACCUCGCAGGGGUCUCCGGGUCCACUUGGGCAUUGUCUUCAUUCUACAUCAACAGUGGGAAUAUGGAAGGGAUGGAAGAGGAGCUGAAGCAUGGAUAUGAGCAGAAUAGGUGGCACUUUGGAGAGAGCCUGAAGAAAGCCGGACAGGCAGCAAGGAGGGAGAACUACUCCAUGACUGAUUUUUGGGCCUAUUUUGUUGUUUCUAGGCAAACCAGAGAGCUGCAGGACUCCAAUUUGUCCAGCAUAAAGAAAGAAGUGGAAGAAGGCCUGCUGCCUUACCCAAUCUUUGCAGCCAUCGAUGGUGACCUUCAGCCUGACUGGAGGAAGAGAAAAACUCGGAAGUCCUGGUUUGAAUUCACCCCUCACCAUGCUGGCUACCCUGCACUUGGGGCUUUCGUUCCCAUCACACAGUUUGGAAGCAGAUUUGAGAAUGGAACACUGGUUAGACCUGAGCCUGAGAGAGACUUGACUUACCUGAGAGGUUUAUGGGGAAGUGCUCUAGCUGAUAUUGAAGAAAUUAAGAAAUAUAUUUGGGACAUGUUAAGGGACCUGAGAGAAAAAUUGAAGCAGAAAGCAGAGGCUAAAGCAGCGACAUACAUGGAACCUCCAGAGGUGCAGGUGGAUGAAGCGCUCUUGGAUUUAAUGAUGGCUUAUGUCAAAGAUCAGAAUGACCCCAGCAUCAAGGACAAGCUCCGGGACCUGCAGCAGGUUCUGAGUGCUGAGAGAGAUGAGUUUGGCGAACAGAAAUACAUCUGGCUGGCUGAGAUAGUCCAGAAUUGGGAUGAGAUCUCUCCCAAGGAGAAGGAGCAGUUUCUGGAAUAUCUGUUGUACUGCUUCAUGAGGCCACGAGAGCUUCAUGAGGGCGCCAAGCACAGCUCGAUGAGCCGGAUCGGGGGUUUAAUCCAGGAUGUUUUUACUUUUCUGAGUAAAACUGGAAUUUGUUGUUGGAGGUGGGAGUGGGGAACUGUCUACAACUUCCUCUAUAAACACGGUAACAUCACAGAUGAGGCCAUGCAGAGCCGGGAGUUUCUGCAUCUGGUGGAUGCUGGUUUAGCCAUCAACACUCCCUACCUGCUUGUUCUACCUCCGGCUCGUGAAGCUCACCUCAUCCUCUCGUUUGACUUUAGUGCUGGGGACCCACUAGAGACCAUCAGGACCACAGCAGACUACUGCCGAUGCCAUGCAAUCCCCUUUCCUGAAGUGAGAGAGGAUCAGCUGAAGGAAUGGGCCAAAGCCCCAGCGAGCUGCUACAUCCUCAGAGGGGAGACUGGACCUGUUGUCAUGUAUUUUACUCUGUUCAACGAAAGCAACUGUGGAGAUGACAUUGAGACGUGGAGAAAGAAAUAUGACACAAUGAAACUCUCUGACUCCUACACACCAGAUCUGGUGAAAGAUUUGCUGAGAGUGUCUAAGGAGAAUGUCCAGAUGAAUAAGGAUAAUAUCCUUAAUGAGAUGAGGAAAAUAGCUGUGAAACCUGUCAACUUCCCACGGGGGACUAAGGAGGACUGCUGGGGAGACACAGUGCAGCAUGCCCAAAGCUCUCGGACUGUGGAGAUCAAGAUGUCCAGCAACACGGACAUAACAUUCAGUGAGCCCUGGAGGAGGAAAGCUAUUAGCGUGGCUCAGUGUGAAGAUGCAGAAAACAUGGAAUACAAUAUGAUAUACUACUUGCAGAGUGGGCAUGUACUAGUGGACCCACCACCUCUGCUGUCUCCAGAGUCCACCAUCAACUGUUCCUUUGUGAAGAAGAACUCCAGCUUCCAGGGCACUGUGGGCAUACUGGUCUACCAGGGCCCAAGUGUUCACUUUGCAUUGCUGUUCUCUGUUCCCUUCAACUAUGCCCUUCACAGAAUUGAGUUUGCCUUAGCCAUCAUAACUGAGCCAGUCUCCAGAGACCUGGAGAGGGUCUUUGAUGACAUCAUUCAGGGCAAAGUGUCUCCGGAGCUAAAGGCAGCAAAGUAUGAUCUUCAGAUUCCUCAUGGGACCCUGAAGCUGGAACACGAUUCCUUGAUCAUCAGAGCCACAAUGUCCAACAUCCAUGUGGCUAAACUGGAUGUAGUGGUUGAGACCAAAAAAGCUCCUUAA